AUGCACUUGCUGCGGAUGUUUCAAACAGCGCGCCGAAAGAUGUUCACUUUUUUGACUCCAUUUGUGCUAUUUUCUUCAUUGAUUGGCUUUUCAGAUGCAGAUCAUUACUCUGUGCUAGGGAUUUCGCGAUCUGCGUCUCCAGCAGAGAUCAAGAGAGCCUUUCGUAAUCUGGUGAAAAAUAUCCAUCCUGAUAAAAAUCCUAGCAUCGAUGCACACGAACGUUUCAUGGAAGUGAACAAAGCUUAUGAAAUAUUGUCGGACCCAACAAAACGAGCGGAGUAUGAUGCUUACGGUUCCGUUCUCGAAGAAUCCCAGGAGGCUCAUGGUGAUCACCUUCAUGCAUCGAGAUUUGUACACAUGCCUUAUGACCAAGUCUUUGAUUUCUUCUCAGGAUUCUCGCGACAAACAACUUUCUCACCUAACAUCUUGGACAUUGAUUUUCGCUCAUACCGCUUGACGCAUCUACCACGAAGCCGGUCCGUUCCGCUACUAAUAUUGGGCUAUUCAGACUUCUGUAUACCUUGUCAGCGCAUAUGGCCACUGUGGUCCCAGCUUGCUGACGAGCUGACCGCGGUUGGUGUUUCGGUUGCUGCGACCAAUUUGGAGCGAGAUGGUUCGCUACGUGAUGAGCUACGUGUGUUCCACGUUCCCAGUAUUGUCAUGGUUAUCGACGGCCGCGUUUCCCAUUACAGCCGAAGCGUUUUCACUCACAGUUCCAUCAUCGAUACCCUACGUCAAACUUUGCUGCACUCGAACCCAUCUAACUCAAAGGCUCUUCCGUCCUUCCUGAGCACCUCCCUGGAUACACCACUGAUUCAAGUUAUCUCCAGCGAGACGACAUUCUUCACAGACUUCCAUUUUAAUUGGCGUAAAGACAGUCGCCCUCGGAUGGUUUUGUUCAAACCGCUGGCAGUACCAUCGUUGCGCUAUGUGUUGGCUGCUUUCCGCGCGGCUGAUCACAUGGCAGCUGGUUUUGUGAAUACCGAACUCCAGACUGCCCGUGCUCUGGUCAAUAUUUUUCGGCUUCCUCGCGACGAGGAAAGCCUACUUAUAUUUCAUGAGGACCCGCACAAACCCAUUUACGUCAAUUCAGCACCGAAGAUCUCCCCAGCAGAUAUGGAUUGGGCCAUUCGGUCACACAGUCAGUUGUCCAUUCCAAGGAUUUUCAGCACCGCGCGUCUUUUAGAUCUUUGCCCCACAGAGGGAAAUGAACCUAAGAACCGUUACACAUCGGCUUCUGAGGCAAGAACAGCUCAUCAGGAUGGUGGUCGUGAUGGACACAAUUUUCACCGCCAUUUGUGUCUCGUGCUCCUUCUUCAUUCCAAGCACACGAGUUUAGAACAAUCGGAUGGUCUUGCAGAUCUUUGGUUAUCAUUACUUCGGACAGUCAUACCUGAUGUUCGAGCCCGUCUGCUGCAACGCACUUAUGCAGACACACUGCUACACCACAUCCAACCUGUGCAUGUUUAUGUUGACCGCCAAUCCUCGUGGCUCCGUCGGCUCUCAGAAUCGGUGACUUCUGGUUCGGACAUUUCUCAACCAAAACAAGCUGGUCAGCUAAUCCUUUUAUGGCGCAUAAGUUCCACGACAACUGCCGUUCAUAUGUUCCCAUCAAAUUCGGACGUUCAUCCCGUCAACUUGUUACCAAUUUCCUCGCCCCAGCAACGAGAUAUCAACCAGUCUUCGUUAAUCUCAAUUCGCAUGCGUCAGGCCCUCAUUGCCGAAUUGACACCAAUCCUUGAGUACCUCAGACAAAUAAGGCCUGGUGCUUUUGCACAUUCUUCUCCUCCCAGUUGGCACGUGGUCAACAAUUAUAUUGUUGAAGAAGACGUGACUGAUGAGCUGGCGCUUCCUUUGUGGUUACGCUUGCGUCGUAAACUGUGGACCUGGAGUGCAUCACUCUGCGCUUGGUGUUACGAUCUCAUGAGCGAACCCCUGUCCUUCGUGUUCUCCACAAGCCUCAUCAUGGUUGGGUUGGUUCUGUACAGUCUCAUCAAGUUAGCCACCAGUGCGGCUAUGGAACAUGAGCCAGUUCCCAUGAGGCAACAGGAGGAUACCCGUUCCAACUCCGAUUCAAAGCAAUCCAACCUUGGCCCUACAGACCGUUUUCGUCGAAUCACUCCAGCCAACGUAGUCAGUCUCAAUCCGCUCACUUAUGACCGUUUGAUAGUAAACGCUCCAAAAGGACAUCAGCUUUUCGUUCUUUGCGUCCGUGGCGAAAAUUCCACUCAGAAUAGCCGGCUGUGUGCCAACUUUGCAUCCAAGACGGCUCAUGUUGUCAACGCACGUGUUCAAUGUGCUCUGUUAUCUCUCGACCGUUACGCUGGCUGGCUGGCAUCUUUACUGCAACAUGCACGGUCCGGUAUGCCUGUGAGAAUUCGCGGAGGUCCCAGUGAUCCACCGCCGGGUCCGGGCACAGUGUUCAUCAAUCCCUCCAAUUGUGUGGGUACUGUGCUCGCGGUGAAUGGUUACCGGCGCUAUUUCAGUCUCUAUCAUCCUGUGCUUUCCGAUGCGGAUUCCUCCCCAGGGAGCUCGGCUUCAGGAUCCGAAGAAGAGGGUGCUGCUGACAGUCAUCGCUCUUCAAUGCCAUCCGGUAUUCGCCAGCGUCGGAUUUUCGCCCGUGUUUUCGGCUUGGAUUCAGAGGAUGAGGCGGAUGAGGCUUAUUUGAACCGUAGUUCACCAAGUGGUACACAUCGGUCUUCAUCCGGGGGAGUAAUCUUGGAGAGCGAGUUGUUAGAUGGUCUUCCGAAUUGGCUUGAUCGCGUAUUUGAAGGCUCACUGCCUCGAUACCAGCUUAUUGAUUGGCCCUCCAGCCUCCGCGGCGAUACGUUCGACCAUUUAGAAUAGGCUGUGCAAUAAGUAUUCUGGCAUGCAUUUUACUGCUUGCUGAUUCACUCGGCCCGUACCUCAUUCCUUUAGUUCCAACGUAACACACAUCAGAGCUAAAUGACUUUUUACCCAGACCUGUGUGGAUGAGUUGUAUCGGAAACCUCAUAGUUUUGUCAGUCACUUGGUGAUUAUGCAAUCGCUGGUCGCUGUCUCCUUCCGUUGUAUUCCCUUCUUUCCACACUCCGCCGUACAUUUCCAAUCUCAUAGUUCCAAACCCUAUUUCUCUCUUUCUUUUUCAUCCCCACAAUUUUCCCUUGUACAUAUGAGUAGCCCGGAUGACAAAUAACAUUACCUUCGAAUUGCGGCAACUACAUAACCGUCAAUUCACCAACUGCACUCGUCGCUGAUAAAGCUGUCCUUUGGCAGUUUGCUUUUCCGUUUUCCUUCAACACAACACAUUACAGUUUUUCUUUGAGAUUGCAUUGACUUGGCCCACCCUACAUUCGUUGGCUUCACUGAGCCUUUCACGCCAUCCAUUUCAUUUUUCUCGAUCUCAGCAUGUACUCUCUGUGACACUGGACUUCUAGGGCCAGAAACGUUUUCACACAAUUCCUCGUUAUUUCAUGUGCCAUAAGUUUUUGCUUGAACAUCCGUUGGAUUGUUCAGGGGAGUGUUAUCUACUUCGCGUUUCAAAACGCGAAUAGUUUUGGCACUGUGCUUAAAUGUAUCUACUUGCUACUAGUUUCGUUUCG